CUCCCGACCCGGUGCCCCCCACUCCGCAUCCCGCGGUCCAGGGCCAGCAGCACCGCCCCUCGGGGCUCCCCCGCUCCAGGCUCCAGGCCGGCCCCACCCGCGGUCCGUUCGGACCGGCUCGCGCCGUGCACCCCCUCCCCCCACGCCCGCCUCUGCGGCUGCGCGCGGCGGGGCCGAGGCCGCGGGGAGGGGGUCGCGCGGGGGCCGGCGGAGCUGCGGCGGCGGCUGCGAGACGUGGCCGCGGGCAGGCCCGGAGGGAACGCAGGACGCGGACAUGUCUCGCUACACGAGGCCCCCCAACACCUCCCUGUUCGUCAGGAACGUCGCGGACGCCACCAGGCCUGAGGACUUGCGUCGUGAGUUUGGUCGGUAUGGCCCUAUAGUAGACGUUUACAUUCCACUUGACUUCUACACCCGCCGUCCAAGAGGAUUUGCUUAUGUUCAAUAUCCUUUAUUUUACUCUGUGCAUUUGAAUAUACUACAUACAUGUGCAAAUUACAUAUAUGUAUUCAGGAGCAUAUGUUAUGAGAUUAAUAUUGCCUAAUUAAAUGUGUUUAUUUCUUUAUCUCAGAAAAUCUAAAGCAGCCCACUGUAGCUGGCAAGAGCCCCCCAGUUUGAACCAACCUGUUAGCUAGAAUCCGAGCAUAAACCGAGCAGGCAAGACAAAAGGCACCUAAAGUUCAAGCAUCAAGGAGUAAAGAGGGAGGGUGGACACAGAUAAAGACCUGGAAGAGGGAAGUCUUUACCAAGCAAAAGACAAAGCCAACACCAGGUUGAGACUUCGGCUUUCCUACAUUUACUCAGAGUUCCAGAGUCAAAGCCAAGUCUGAUUUUGUUGGUUUCUUCGUCUCUUAUAAAGUCCAUCUUGCAAGCCUUAAAGAGUAAAGGUCAAGGUUCAAGAUCAAGUGACAUUGAGUGUCCUUAACAGCUAGUCAUAUUUGAAGAUGUUCGAGAUGCUGAAGAUGCUCUUUAUAACCUCAAUAGAAAAUGGGUAUGUGGCCGUCAAAUUGAAAUACAGUUUGCACAAGGUGACCGCAAAAGUAAGUGUGACUAAAUGUUAGAUCUUGUUUAUUCAGCAGAAUGAAUUUUAGCAAUGACAGAUUUUUUAGUUUAAAAUUCUUUUAGAAAAUAACACGAUUUGAGCAGUUGUGACUGAGGUCUUGCACUUCAUAUUCUAUCUAGCACCAGGCCAAAUGAAAUCAAAAGAACGUCACCCUUGUUCUCCAAGUGACCAUAGGAGGUCAAGAAGCCCCAGCCAACGGAGAACUCGAAGUAGAAGUUCUUCAUGGGGAAGAAAUAGGAGGCGGUCUGAUAGCCUUAAAGAGUCUCGACACAGGCGACUUUCUUAUAGCCAGUCUAAAUCUCGCUCCAAGUCACUACCAAGGCGGUCUACCUCAGCAAGGCAGUCAAGAACUCCAAGACGGAAUUCUGGUUCUAGAGGACGGUCAAGGUCCAAGUCCUUAGAAAAAAGAUCAAAAUCAAUAGGAAAAUCACAAUCAAGUUCACCUCAAAAGCAGACUAGCUCAGGAACAAAAUCAAGGUCACAUGGAAGACAUUCUGACUCCAUAGUAAGAUCCCCAUGUAAAUCUCCUAAAGGGUAUACCAAUUCUGACACAAAAGCACAGACAGCAAAACACUCUCAUUUUCGAUCACAUUCCAGAUCUCGGAGUUAUCGUCAUAAAAACAGUUGGUGAACAACAAGAGAAGAGUGCAAGAUAGUCUUUAAUCUAAGUUAUUAAACCUCUCAUUAUGUUAAAUAAAAAUUCUUCAAGGCUUACAGAAAAUGUGAGUUAAUAUUAGUUACCUCUGGGCAUGUACAAGAAACAAAACCUCUCUAGCUUUGAGUUAAUAAAGAUUUGGUCUCCAUUUAAGGGCCCACACCACAAAUUUUGAUGUCUAAUGUUACCAUUUUAUGGACCAUUUUUGUUUACAUUGUGGCAGAAGGGUACUUUUCAAAGGAAAUGGGUAAAAUGGAACUAACUUAGAAAAUUCUACUUUGAUGUAAGUACAGUAGUCCCCCCCUUCUCCAUGGAGAUAUGUUCAAAACCCUCCUUGUUGGAUGCUUGAAACCACAGAUUGUACCAAACUCUAUAUAGACUGUUUUCCUCUAUACACACAUACCUAUGAUCAUGAUUAAUUUAUAAUUAGGCGCAGUAAGAUAUAAACAAUAAUAAAAUAGACAUAAUUAUAUACUAUAAUAAAAGGUAUGUGAAUGUGAUCUCUCAAAAUAUUGUACUGGCCUCACUCUUGUGAGAUUACAAUGCCUACAUGAUGAGAUGAAGUACUCAGAACUGCAUGCAAUUUAAAACUUAGGAAUUGUUCAUUUCUGGAAUUUUCCAUUUAAUAUUUUUAGAUCACAGUUGAUCAUGCAUAACUGAAACCGUGGAAAGGAAAACCACAGAUAAGGGGGGACUACUGUAUUAGUUAGUAAUAUUAAUAAUACCUUUUACAAAAAUAUUUUUUACUUUAAAUCACUUUCAUGUAAAAAGUAAUUAUGACUAUAUAAUUGCAUAGGGCAGACUUAAACUGUUUGACAACUAUGUCUCUUUUGUGUCUUCUGUUUAAACUUGGGCCAAUUCUCGGUGGAGAUUAGUUCAUAUUACAAAAUUCUGACAUCCCUAAAAGUUGAAUUUAUAUAGAGAUCAAUCAUUCAAAAGAUAGAUUCUCUUCUAAGCUUCUAAGCUUAAAAAAGGUUUUAUUUUUAUUGGGUGGAAAAGCAUAGGUAAGUUGACAUUAAAUUGCAUCCUGUACUAUAUUCAGUCACUUCAGAAAUAGCAAAACAUUUUUUGAAUACUGAAUUUUGAAUGGUUUGAGACUACUAUAAAAAUGGUGGGCAACACUCAUAGUCCAAAAAUAAUCAUAUUAAGCCUUAUCUCUUUAAAGAGUGGUACCCAUUGUAUAAAAAUAAUAUUUUAUACCAUUAUUUCUACAUACCUACUUUUCAUCUACUGCUUAAUUUUUUUUCUUUUUAGAGCUUUAGGUUAAGCCUUUAAAUUGUAUAGAGUAUGUCUUACUACUUUUGGAAGUGUUUAGUUGUAUUAAGAAACUCAAGACUGCAUCCUCAAAAACAAUCCAAUAUUUGUAUUUACAUUACACUGCCCUUCGUUUUUUAAACCAAAUAAUUUUAUUGCUAUUCAUUGCUUUUGUAGUUGUUAAAAAUGAGAAUUUCUUUAAAAUGUGUUUGUAGUUUAUGUUUUUCAGAGGGUUUUGGUAGUAUUUGUGAUAAAUACGAUUCUUAUAGGGGAUAUAUUUAUAGAGUUCUACUUGUGUACCUUGUUGAAUUACAUUGAAAAUUAAAAAGUUUUCAGCCCAUACAGUUAAUAUUUGUAUCUAGAGUGCUUAAGAAAAAAAUCUGUCUUAUAGGUUUAGCAUAUAGAAGCCAGUGUUGCUUCUAUUUGUUUUGAAUACAAAUUCCAUUUUUCUUUGCAUUUUAGAUCCUAUGUGUAAGAAACAACUUUACAAAAUGAUUUAUAUACUUGUAAUAUUUGGGCAAGUACCACAAAUUCAUGUAUACUGUACUUCCUGAGUAGAAUUUCUCUAAUCAUAGCAGGAGUUACUUCAGUACUACAGCUCUUUGAAGUUCAUGUUCAUUUGUAAUAAAAUUUAGUUUCAAAAUU